GUUAGCUCCUAGUCAUCCUCCGCUCACUGCCAGCCCGCACCUUACCGGUCCAAGACACGCUGCGAGCACAGCUAAAACGAAGCACAAACCCACCGACAUCACCAUCUCCGAGCCCUCGCUUUCUACUUGCUGGCCGUGCAUGCUUUGUCGUCCCGCCCCGCGGUCCACCGUUUCCCCAUUCCAAACCGUCCUGUCCAUUGCGUUACCGGCAUUAAUAUUCCCGACUCCCAUGUCGUUGGUACGGUCUCGACGCUAGAUCUCGUCACGACCAAGUCUUCGGCUGGAGCUUUCCGAUUCCGACGGAAUUCGACUGCCCAUUCAUCUGUCGACCUCCCAAUCCUCGCUCUUGCCCGCAGUUCUCGUGGCAUCGACCCCUCCAAGAUGGUUUUCUGUACGUACUGCGGUCAGUCGUUCACUCGGGACGAACACCUGGAAAGGCAUAUCCUCACCCAUACCAAUGUAAAGCCCUUCAAAUGCUUCACAUGUCAUAUGAGUUUUGCUCGCCGUGACCUACUUCAGAGACAUUACACGGUCCACGGACGAGAUGCAAACAACCAAGAAGGCCUCCCACCAAAUGCCGGCAUAAUACCGAAGUCCGCCGGUCGAACGCCAAUCGCAUGCAGCAACUGCGCCAAAACCAAGACAAAAUGCGACAAGAAGUUUCCCUGCAGUCGAUGUGCACAGCGCAACCUAAAAUGCACACUGCGGCCGACCCGGCGAGCGUCGAAAAACGUGAACAGGGUCGGGCCACCGGCUGAGGGCACAGGAAGCGGACCACCUAGCGAAGCCGGGAACAAUAACGAGUCUCAGAGCAACUCGGGUAGCAACUCGCCCGCUCGAGACGGGCAGCAGGUGCAACCAGCAAACCCUCAGCUGUCGCCGCAGCUGCCUCAUCGGCUCUCCGUAAACGGGCAGGCGCAACCCACACCAAAUCCCUCACAACCGUCUUCAGCCUCACACUCCCGCAAUCCGUCCAUCUCGCAGCCCAUUCAGCAACUCCAGAACCCCACUCCAGAAGAGAAGCCGCUCAAUCUCCCCAUCUCAACCACCACCCCUCCGUUCUUCGAGCACUCCCCUCCAAAUGGACUCCCACCCACGCUUCCCACCGUUUUGUCGCCGUUGCCGACGCCUGCCAAUGGCUUCGUAUCGCACACGCCCAUGUCUGGGUACGACGACUUCGUGAGAACGGUGCGAGACGGCACUGACAGCAGCGCGAGCCCGCGAUUUCUGAUGGAUCCCUGGAAUAACAUGUCCAUGGGCCACGAUUUCGACCCCAUGCAGAUCGACCCGUCGUUAAUGAUGUCGAUGCCCGUGAACAUGGACGUGGGCAUGGGUUCUACGGCUAACGACAUCCUCGGCAUCAUCCCCGAGAUGUCGCCUCCUCAGACGUUCGGCCCGGUUCAAACACCGAUCCACACACCGAGGAUGGACGAAUCGUUUUCAGACCUCCAGAUCGGCAGCUCAGCGUCCAUGUUCUACCCCUCCAAUAGGCAAUCUUCCAUCGUUGAUGCGGGUAUUCCAGAUCUCGGUGCCAUCAUUGCCGCGCAGGACGGCUGGACAGUCUUCCGUUGCACGCCACCAAUCGCAUCCAGCUCUUGCCCUCGCACUGCGAGGCUCAACCUGGAGCGCCUGGAACAGAGCCUGAAGAACCACGAGGGCUGGAGUAACUGGCGGCCAGCCUGGGAUGAGUCCGACUUCCAGCAAGAGGGCCGGAUCGAGGUAGCCAGAAUCUAUGAAGCCACCCGAGACAAGCUCCUGGCCAUCACACAGAGCUUUCUACACAAGGCCUUGGAUAUCCACAAGGAUGGCAUGAGCAGCUCUCCUAGCAGUGGAGAGUCGCCCGGUUCGACCGCAUCCAACUUCGUCCUUCUCCCGCCUGCCCACGUCCUGGACUUGUUCCUUCGCUCUUAUGCCAACUCUUUCGAACGCUAUUACCCCACAACUCCGCGGGGCGUUCUUGACCCAAACGAGUUGAUGCAGAACUACAACGACAAGGCGUCGAGCUUGCUCAUUCUGAUGAUGAUCGCGCAAGGAGCGAUGACCAUUCCGUCCAUCGAGGCGCGAUGGCUGACCGGAGGCUUCACGGAAGCGUGUCGCAUCUCGCUUUUCGACUUGAUCGAGAAGAACAUCAUCAUGGCUGGUGAUCCCAUCGUCCUGAGGGCGGCCCUUCUCUUCACCGUUCAAGCAGCGUGGAGUGGUGACAAGUGGCAAAUGGACAUAGCCAUGGGCCAGCGGGGUAUGUAUUUCGCAAUGCUACGGCAUUCGGGCAUCCUCGAACCUCGGCAUAUUUCUACGCCUCACAUGAACGGAAAUACGACGACGGAUACGCUGUGGAGGGACUGGAUUCAGCAGGAGAGUCGCAGUCGACUCGUCUAUUCGUGGGUGAUGGUCGAUCAGGAUCUUUCGCUGUUCCACGAUGCGGCUCCCCUGUUCUCUGUUACCGAGUUCGGAGCGCCUAUGCCAGACGCGGACCGACUAUGGCAGGCCAAGAACUCGUCGGAAUGGUCCGAGAUGUUCAACCAGGUGCAUGAGUUCUCCAAUGGGUACUCGUCGGUAGGAUCUGGUGCUAGGCCGCUGAGCCUGAGAGAUCUCUUCCGUCACUUCCUUGACGACGAGAUCAUCGUCCAGGACAUCCAUCUUACCCCUCUGCACCUUCGCCUCCUCCUGCAUCCUCUGCAAACUUUGGUGAGCCAAUUCUGUCAACUCCUCAGCUGCUUCUCCGACAGCAUGGCAUCGAGGCAGCGUUCCAGGGCCGUUACUGCGGCUUCGACUCGCGUUCGCCUUGAAGAAGUGCAGUCGCUGUUGCAACGAUGGUUCGAGCUGGCGGAGAGGUACAUGAAGGCGAACCCUAUGUGCCCAAUGAUGCAAGCCAAUCUUGUCAUGUUCCACCUCAUCAGCCUGAACGCCGUGACGAACUUCCCCGAGAUCGAGCGACUCGCGCGACGGGAGGGCGUAGACGGUUCGUAUCAGCAGAUGCUUUGGAUCCACAAGAAGUGCAUCUCAGACGUCCACGAGGCCAUCCUCCACGCUGGUCAAAUCCUCCGGAUCAUUCGGGAGAUGCCGAAGGGCAUCCGUCCGCCUUGGUGGCCCGGUGCGAUCUAUCGCGCCGCGCUUGUUCUCUGGACGGACUCGUUGACCCAUAACGAGUCACUGAGCCCGAACCAGCAAGGACAGUACCAUUCUCCGGGUGCGACGUUCCCGGUGGACCGUCUACAGGCGAACGACCCCACGGUCAUCCGCUAUGUGACCCGGAGAGACGGUAUCCCCACGCUGACCAAGCGGGACGGGACACCGAUCACCAUCGACAAUGGCUUCACUGUUCUUUCCCAUUGCAUCGACGUGAUCGACGAGGGUACGGCGACGAGGUUUUCCGACGGCAUCCGCGGGAAGCUUGAAAAGUUGGCGAGGGGUUGAGCGCAUAGUCGUGCUCGUCUCGUCCACGGUUUCGCUCGUCAAUGGCGAGCAUAGUAGUCGACAUUCUUCCGACUAACCGCAUCAUUUCCAUCUUUUUACAUAGAUUCCCAUCACCAUCAGAUCCAGAAGUGCUCUUGGAUCGGUAUCAUGGCGGCAUACAUCAGUUCCCGGCCGUCGAAGGACGGCGGGCUAUGACAACGGCGUUCUUGGGCGUUUGCGGGUCAU